GAUAGUGAUUGUAACUCAUAACCUGACCUGGACGAAAUGAACAGUCCAAGCCAAGGGGUUAUCUUGGUCAGCGCUCCUCCCAGCGGGCUAAGCCAGGCGAAGACUUUCCUGAGAGUCCCUAGAGCAUGGCCCCGCGGACUUAUGGGAAACGUAGUCUCGGAGAUCGCUGGACCGGUCCUCGGAGGACCCUGGGAUGGCUAGCAGCCGCUGCAUCUGCGCAUGUGCGAGGCUGUGAGCGCACCGGCGGCCGCCCUUCCCCCACCUCCAGCCGCGAGUGGGUGACAGGGCCCUGGGUUUCCACGUAUCUUCGCCGCCCCGCGCUGUGACCGGGCCUGGCACUGAGCCACGAGUGGAGACUGGCCCUUCUAGGUCUGCCUUCAUAUCUGUGCCUUUACCUAAAAGCUACAGAAAAUGAACAAAUCCCAGGGGUCAGUCUCAUUCACGGAUGUGACUGUGGACUUCACCCAGGAGGAGUGGGAGCAGCUGGACCCAUCGCAGAGGAUCCUGUACAUGGAUGUGAUGCUGGAGAACUACAGCAACCUACUGUCAGUGGAGGUGUGGAAGGCUGACGACCAGGUGCAGCGGGAGCACAGUGACCCCGAGGAGCAGGCAAGGCCAUUCAUAAUCUGCAAGAACCAAACCCCAAUUGAGGAAAGAAGUGAUCUCUUUGAAAAAUCAUUCAAUCUGAGCACAGACUUUGUUUCUUUAAGACAAGUGCCCUAUAAAUAUGACUUGUAUGAAAAAACUUUGAAAUACAGUUCAGACUUACUUAACAGUGACAGCUAUAUAAGGAAGCAAGCUGAUGAGUAUAACGGAUUUGGAAAAGCACUUCUCUAUCUAAAGCAAGAGAAAACCCAUCCUGAAAUGGAAUACGCGGAAUAUAACAAAAUUGGGAAAGCCUUCAGCCAUAAAGAAGCUAUUUUUAAACAUCAGAAAAUUAGAAAUUUGGUGCAGCCCUUCCUUUGUAAUUACUGUGACAAGGCUUUUUCCUUUAAGUCACUCCUCAUUAGUCAUAAGAGAAUACAUACUGGAGAAAAGCCGUAUGAGUGUAAUGUCUGUAAGAAAACCUUCUCCCAUAAGGCAAACCUCAUUAAGCAUCAGAGAAUUCAUACUGGGGAGAAACCCUUUGAAUGUCUUGAAUGUGGGAAAGCCUUCACCCAUCAGUCAAACCUCAUUGUACACCAGAGAGCACACAUGGAGAAGAAGCCCUAUGAGUGCAGUGAGUGUGGCAAGACAUUUGCCCAGAAGUUCGAACUCACUACACACCAGAGAAUUCACACAGGGGAGCGACCAUAUGAGUGUAAUGAAUGUGCAAAAACCUUUUUCAAGAAAUCAAACCUCAUCAUACAUCAGAAAAUUCACACGGGAGAGAAACGCUAUGAGUGCAGUGAAUGUGGGAAAUCCUUCAUCCAGAACUCACAACUCAUUAUACAUAUGAGAACUCAUACAGGGGAGAAGCCCUACGAGUGUACAGAAUGUGGCAAAACAUUCAGCCAGCGGUCAACUCUUAGGCUCCACCUGCGAAUCCAUACGGGGGAGAAGCCAUACGAGUGUUCUCAGUGUGGGAAGGCCUUCAGCAGGAAGUCCCGACUCAGUGUCCAUCUCAGAGUUCAUAUCGGUGACAAACCCUGACCUGCAGCAGGUCGGACUGUGCAACACCCUCCCACCAGAACCCUUCCAGUCGGGGAGAAACCGCCUGAGGUCCUGAGGGAGCAUGGGAAAUCAUACUAAGAUACCAUUCAUCAGCUCAAAAACGCCAAAAUAGGGUUCCCUACGGACAGCGGUACUGAAAGUUAGAUGUGAUACCCAACUGAAGAACACAUACCAAGAAUAUCCAACUGUAAAUAGACAUGCUUAACUAUUACAAUGAGCUUUUUAAAACCUUGAAUGAAUUAUUUAAACCUUGAAUGAAUUUAUGGAUGAAAUCGUCUGGGAAGCAGCAGAAAGGAUGUACAGACAGUGCCCAGGGAUAGAGUGGUUGUGUGCAAUUAUGCCACAAAACCACAAAAGUAUAUUUUAGAUCUGCCCGUGUGAAUUUAACGGUCAUUGGGAGUUUGAAAUUCCUCUAAUAAUUAGGACACAUCAAACAAGAUUUUCCAUAUUAAAUAUCACAUGUGUUUUUUUACAACUCAGUAUGCAUUCCAGAUGAAAUAUGGAACAGAUUUUAAAGUAGCAUGUAAUACAUUUUCUCCUGCUUGCUGGCAUAUAGAAGUUGGUGUGGCCAUUGUUAAUGAGCUGCCUCUUAAUAAACAGAGACAAUGGUGAAGUUCUAACCUGCUUCCUGGCUUGCUGAAGCACUUCUACAAGCAUCACUUACAUGAUUAUGCAAAUAUGAGAUAAUUAAGAGGAGGUUAAGAGUGAGAGGAGGCGGCUGUGGGCUGUUACUCAGGAUGCACCACAGGUAAAAAUGGGCUACAGAGAAUAUCCACAUCCAUCAUGUUGGCGUUUUCUGCUGGCUGUUUACACACAAAUGCAUGUCAUUUACCAAAAUGUGUACCCCAGAAACCACUUGUAUUUGUGUUUCCCCGUUUCUCUUAUUUUAUGAAUUGUCUUGUAAAAAAUGGUAGGAUGUGUAUGCAGUGCACAAAUGUUAGUUACCUUCCAGAGACUUUAAAGGGAAGCUUAUUUUAAGAAAACUGUCACAUGCCUUGUUGCUUUUUAAAAUUUCUAUGUGCAUCGUCCACUUUAGAGAGACACUUUUGCACAUUCUGUUUAGGGGACGCACUUCUACUUCCUUGAGUUUCACUAUCAUCAGCCUGAAACAUUUCCCUUUGGAAUCUGACUUGGUGAACCUUUCAUGGAAAGGCUUAACUUACACUAACAGUUUUAUAAAUUACACUGUUCAGUGAUCUCUCCAUCUGUUGUAUAACUCAGAGUGAUAUCAUCUUAGGCUUGAUUUCAGAUUCACAAGUUCUCCCUUUUCCUCCAUCACAAAUCAUGUCAUUAGAAUUGUAAAUGGCAACCGAAACUGGCUUUUAAAAUUUUUUGAAGACCAUUGAUGUGCUGUUACUAUACUAGUAUAUGAAUGUGAGCGACUCUGAACAAAUUUACUAAAACAUCCAUAGUCCAAUAAGUCUUUAAGUUGUCAUCUGAUCUACUAACAGCCGGGAAGCAGAGGAGGUUAAUUUCAUUCUCUGCUGUUAGAGUAAACUGUGAGGGCCUUGGGAAUCACUGUGACCCUGUCUUUUAACUUUAAGAAUAUACAUAUUCUUCCACGCAGCACUCUCAUGUUUGGGAACCUAUCCCUGAGAAAAAACUAACGUGCCAGUACAUGAGAUUAUGUUUAUCAAUAUAUACUGUGUAUUUUGGUAAGUACAUAAGGAAACAGUGUAAAUGACCACCAGUGGGAAUGAUGGAAUAAAUUGUGGCGAAACGGAUCAUGGUUGAUGGCAUUCCACAGAAAAUGUGUAGGAACAACUCCUCCAGGUCAGAUGAGGGCAGCGGGAGGGGAGAGAGUAUAUACCACAUUUUCUAAAAUAAAGAUCUAAGAACCUUA